ACUUUCUUCACCUAACAUUUACUUUUUCUUUGGUAAAAGUGUCAGUCUACAAGUCAUGUCGUCUUUCGGGAAAUUGUUUAGAGUACAUACCUACGGCGAGAGUCAUUGUAAAUCCGUCGGCUGUAUCGUGGACGGUGUACCUCCUGGGUUGAAGUUGACAGAGGAAGAUAUACAAGUUCAAUUGUCUAGAAGGAGACCUGGUCAAAGUGAUAUCACCACUGCUAGGAGCGAAUUCGACACCGUACACCUCCAAUCCGGUUGUGAACACGGUGUCACUCUCGGAACACCUAUCUCUCUAUUAGUGCUUAACAAAGAUCAAAGACCACAUGAUUACGCAGAAACAGAUUCUUAUCCUCGUCCUUCUCACGCAGAUUACACCUAUCUCGCGAAAUACGGAGUAAAAGCUUCUUCUGGUGGUGGACGUGCUUCCGCUAGAGAAACCAUCGGGAGAGUAGCGGCUGGAGCUAUAGCGGAGAAAUAUCUACUGGAAUGUUACGGCAUUGAGAUCGUGGCGUUCGUUCAGAGGGUAGGAAAAGUUGGAAUACCAUUCGCUGAGGAUGAUAAUGAGGUUUUGGGGAAAGAAUAUAUGGAUUUGGUCAAAAGUGUGAAAAGGGAUCAGGUAGAUAAAGAAAUCACUAGAUGUCCACAUAAAGAGACCAGUAUGAAAAUGGAAGAGGCAAUCCGCACGUCCAAAGCUGCUAAUGACUCUCUCGGAGGUCUGAUCACCUGCGUCAUACGUAAUUGUCCUCCUGGUCUAGGCGAACCAGCUUUCGACAAGUUAGAAGCUAUGUUAGCUCAUGCAAUGCUCAGUAUCCCUUCCACCAAGUCUUUCGAAAUCGGUUCAGGUCUGAGAGGAACGAUGUUUCACGGGAGUGAACAUAAUGAUCCUUGGAUUGAAGGGGUGGACAGUAAAGGUGAGAAAGUGUUGAGAACGAGUACCAACUGGAGUGGAGGAGUACAGGGUGGGAUAAGUAAUGGAGAGGAUAUCUACUUUAGGGUCGGGUUUAAACCACCUGCUACGAUCGCCCAAGAACAGUCUACGGCAAGGUACGAUGGAUCCGCCGGUGUCUUGGCUGCCAAAGGGCGACAUGAUCCUUGUGUCGUACCUCGCGCUGUACCCAUAGUAGAGACCAUGUCCGCUUUGGUUAUCAUGGACAUGUUACUCCAACAAAAUGCUCGUCAAGCCGCUGCCGCCCUCUUACCUCCACUUACCCACCUUCCACUCACAAUGGUCCUUCCCGGUAAAGGCGUUGUCAGUGACGCGGCGGAUCAGAAAGUCCAGGACAACAAGGUCGGUGAUGAGUAGCCCGAGAUGAUCACUCAUAGAUGAUGUAGACUUGGUUGGUGAAUGCAUAUAUCUUCUUCUG